CGUGUCCACCAAAUUUGUCAUAGCAACAAAACAGUGAGAAAAUGGCGACCUUGAGCGACGACGGUCCUUAUUAUUUGGAAAAAGAGUCUUUGCCUGGAGAUCCUUCCGAGGAGUUUCUCAAUGAGCAGAUUCCGGAUGAAGAUGAUUUUGCAUUAUCAGAUGAGGAAGAAGAUCUUCAAGCUGCUGUUAAAGCUUUGAAUGAGCAAAAUUUAGAUGAAAAUCUAUUGGUGAAUAAUGAAGAAGCAUCUACAAUAGUGAAUAGGAGACCUGAAGUGGUGGAAGAUUUUGUGAGGAACUUUCUUGUCAAGACAGGAAUGCAUAGAACUCUGGAUUGCUUUCAGACAGAAUGGUACGAAUUAAAGAUGAAAGGUCUUCUUCAAGAGGAGAAAUGUGAAAUCGUACCUGAUAUAUACAUAAGGAACCAACAGUUGGAAGAUUCAUUAAGGACUGCACACCGUGAGGCUGAUAGCUUCAGAGAAGCUGCAAGGAAGGCAAGUAACAUGCAUAUCAAACUGAAAAAGGAACGCGAUUAUCAUCGAAUGCAUCACAAAAGAGUUGUGCAAGAAAAGGAUAGACUUAUAGCCGACAUCAAAAGACUGAAGCAACACUAUGCCUCAUACGAGCCUACUUUGAAAACUCUGAAACAUAAAUACGAGGUUGCAAUGAAGGAAAAACUGCUAACAAAACUGGAACGGGAUCGGGCUGUGGGCCAGGUGCAAGGUUUGCAAUCAACACUUUCUCAGAUAGAAGUUAGUAAGAUUAAUGUGGCAAAUGCAUCCACUUCCCCUAUGAAGAAGCCCCUCACCAAUCAAAAUGGCCAACCUAACACCUCUGUACAACUACCGCCCCCAAGAGCACACCACCCUCUGGACUCAGAGUUUCCCCCCGACAAAGGAGUCAAUCCAUAUCUAUCGAAGAAUAGAGCACCAUGUGCACACUUGACACGGACCGGGGGAUUUCGGCUCACAAACACUGUCAGUUCACAUGAUUUGGCGGUCAGUGGGCUCUGUCUCCAUCCACGAAAGCAGGUAUUGGCUUCCGUCAGCGAUGAUAACACCUGGAAAUUGUGGGCCAUUCCAAGUGGGGACAUUAUCAUGACUGGAGAGGGCCAUGAAGAUUGGUUGUCCGAUUGUGACUUUCAUCCCAGCGGUUCAAAACUUGCCACCUCUUCUGGAGACACGACAGUUAAAAUCUGGGAUUUCGCGCAGGCGAAAUGUGUCGAGACUUUCGCUGGCCACACGCAAGCUGUGUGGGGCUGCAGUUUCCACUCUUGUGGGGAUUUUCUAGCAUCUUGCUCUAUGGAUGGAACAUCAAAGAUCUGGGAUCUUAACAGCACACGAUGCCGUAACACGUUACGUGGACACGCAGACUCUGUUAACAGUAUCAUGUUUUUGCCGUUCUCCAACACGCUGUGCACUUGCUCUGCUGACAAAACAGUAUCUCUGUGGGAUGCAAGGACCGGUCUUUGUGCCCAGACUCUUUACGGUCACGUUCAUUCAAUCAAUCACGUGAUCUUUAAUAACAAGGGAGAUAUGCUCGCCUCAUGUGAUUCGUACGGUAUCGUCAGAUUAUGGGAUAUCAGAACUACAAGUGUUCUUAAAACUCUCGAUUUUGGUCCGCAUCCUAGCAACAGAGUCGCCUUUGAUCCCAGUACCUCCGUCUUGGCGAUUGCAAGCAAUGAUGGAAUGGUAAAGAUGUACGAUAUAGCUGGGGGUAAUACUGCAAGUCUGACGGGACACGAAGACGCAGUUCAAGAUGCUGUUUUUGACAGGAAUGGUGAAUUUCUUAUAUCUGGGGCAUCGGAUGGGACAAUAAGGAUUUGGUCUUGACUGGAGCAGUUGUUGUUUUUGAAACUAUUUGUUUUUAAAAUUCGUCUGAUGUUUGCAUUGUAUAUUUUGGAUGUAAUGAUACAUGAUGUAAUUUCCUUUACUCCUUUUAAAGCCA